AAGUGAGAAGAUGGAACCUAAACCAUUGUGGAUCCUGCUUACUGCACUAGUGUUUUUCAGUGGAGGGUGGUUUGGGACUGAGGGAUGCUUGGAGCAGGAGAGAAUCGCUCUCUUGCAACUCAAAUCUAAUUUCUUCAGUGAUCCUUUCUCUUUGCUUGAUUGGGUGGAUGUGAAGGGAUCGGAUUGUUGCAGGUGGGAACGUGUUGAAUGCAACAUCACCAGUAGGCGAGUGAUCGGACUUGAUCUUAAUUUUACACGUCAAGGGCAGGGAGAUGUCCUAUAUGGGUAUCACAAUGUCGAUGUCCCAUAUGGGUAUCUCAAUGUCUCUUUAUUUCUUCCAUUCCAGGAACUCAAGAGUCUUACUUUGUCCGGUAAUCAAAUUGGAGAUUUUGUUGAUAACCCAGUAUCUUUAUCAGCUGCAUUCAGCAAAUUGGAAAUCCUCGGCUUAAGGGGAGAUAACUUCGAUGGCAAUAUAUUCUCCAGUUAGCUUUCAUCUCUCAAGCCAGCUAUAAAGUAUGGAUACGGAUAUA